AUGUUCCUGUCACUGGACAGGUGGAGGAACGGCACCGGGGGCGAAGGACGGGAGCUGCCUGAGCCCGAUUUGGAAAAAUUCCCGCGGAGCGAGCCUGGAAUUGCUUCUGGAGCUGCGCAGCGCUGCCGGGAUGAGCGAAACGGGCCGGAGCAGCAGGAGGGAGGCGGCAGCGCUGGCACCGCCCUCGCAUCCCGGCGGGGCACGGGAGCGGCUCCCGGGAGUUCCCCGGGCAACGGCGGCGGCUCCUCGCAAACACUCGGCGGAGCCGGGCGGAUGGAGGCCGAGGGCGAUCCCGGGCUGGCGGGGCCGGAUGCCCCGGAGGAUGCCCCGGAGGAUGCCCCGGAGGAUGCCCCGGAGGAUGCCCCGGAGGAUGCCCCGGAGGAGGAGCGGGGCGCGGUGCGGCUGGCGCGGGGCGCGGCGCGGGCGCUGGCCGUGCCCCCGGAGCGCUGGCGGCGCUGGGCGGGCGGCGCGGCGGGGCCGGCGCUCCGCGGCUUCGUGCGGGGCGCGGCGGGGCCGGCGCUGCUCGCCUGGCGGGGCCCUGGCGGCGAGCUGGGGCUGUGCCCCGGGCCGCCCCCGCCGCCUCCCAACGCCACCAAGGCGCUCUUCUUCCUGCGGCCGCCCGGAGCCGGCCCCGGCCCCGCCGAGCUGCUGUGCGGGGACCUGCCCGCAGAGCCCCUGCCGCACUUCGCCGCGCUGGUGGAGGAGGUGAUCGUGCCCAUCCUGACGAACCGGAGGAACCAUCAGGGCUGGCCACGAGUGGUGUCACAGGACAUCAUCCAUCAUGUCCACAGCCUGAAAAAUACUGUCUUCAAGGUUGUUGGCCAGGUGAAGGGCAAGACCUUGCUGCCUCUUCCAGCUGCCUCGGAGGGAAUUGAGAACAUUGAUCCUAAAAAUGAGAAAUUCUUGGAGCUGAUCAAUAAAUCCCUUGUCCAUGCCACCGAGUCAGCCAUCAUUGAGUGGAGCCAGCAGAUCCAGAGAGUGCUGAGGAAAGAGUCCUCAGAGCCCCUCCUGCAGGGCACCAACCCCACGCCGAAGGUGGAGCUGCAGUUCUGGAAGAGCAGGUGUGCUGACCUGGAAGGCAUUCACGGGCAGCUGACGUCCAGGAGGGUCAGCAACCUGCUGGAGGUGCUGGAGAGAGUGCAGAGCAUCUAUGUGCCAGCCUUCCAAAGCAUGCUCAUGGACGUGGAGGCAGCUCUGAGUGAAGCUCAGGACAUCGACCUGCACCUGACAGCCCUGCAGCAGCCCCUGGAGCACCUCGAGGCUGUUGAGUUCAGCAAGGUGAAGCCUCUCCUGGUGCCCCUGCUGCACGUGGUGUGCUGGGUCUGGGUCAGCUGCAAGCACUACAGCGUGCCCCUGAGGCUGGUGGUGCUGCUCCAGGAGAUCUGCAACCUCCUCAUCCAGCAGGCUGUGGUGUACCUGUCCCCAGAAGACCUGCUGAAAGGAGAGGUGGAGGAGAGCCUGGGCAAGGUGCAAACAGUGUUUGACACCCUGAGUGCCUUCAAAGGGGCGCUGGAGGAGAGAAGGGCAAACCUGCAGGUGUACUAUGAGCCAGGCCAGCAAGUGAGGAGCUGGGACUUCCCCUCCAGGCUGGUGUUUGCAAGGCUGGACAGCUUCCUGCGGAGGCUGGAGAUGGUGAAGAGUCUCCUGACCACAGCCCUGGACCUGGCACAGCUGGAGAAGAUUGAGUUUGGGGGGAUGAGAGGGAAGGCCCUGGGCCAGCAGGUGCUGGACAUGCAUGAGGAGUUCCAGGAGAGCUACCAGGUGUUCUCAGAGCGAGCCUAUGACUGCCUGGACCUGGCCAACGUGGAGUUUGAGCAGGAUGCCCUGGACUUCCAGCAGAAGGUGCAGGACAUUGACCAUCGGCUGGGCACCGUGUUCAGCCAGGCCUUCAGCGACGCCCCGGACCUGGAGCACAUCUUCAAGCUGCUGGCCAUGUUCCGGAACCUUCUGGAGCGCCCUGGGAUUGCUGCAGUUGCUGCUGACAAGGUCCCUGUCCUGCUCAGCAUGUUCAGCACUGCCCUGGACCAGGCCAGGCUCACCUACAGCAGGCACACCCAGGCAGGGCUGCAGCUCGGGUUCCCCCCCCUGCACAAGAACGUCCCUCCCGUGGCCGGAGCGCUGGGCUGGGCGCGGGAGCUGCGGGCGCGGAUCCAGGGCCCCUUGGAGCACCUCAGGCACAUCCCAGGGCUGAGCCUGGACUCUGCCCGUGGAAGAAGGGUGGUGCAGAAAUAUGAAGAAAUGAUCCAGCUGCUCGACAGCUAUCAGGAAAAGCUGUAUUCAGACUGGUCCCAGACAGUCUCAGAGAAAUCCCAGUACAACCUGGCUCAGCCUCUCAUCCGGCGAGAUGCACACACCAAACUGAUCACGGUCAAUUUUGAUCCCCAGCUGGUGGCCGUGCUCAGGGAGGUGAGCUACCUGAGGGGCAGCGGGGCCGGAGCCAUCCCCCCGGCAGCAGCUGAGCUCUAUUCCUGCAAGGAAUCCUUCUGGCAGCUGGUGGCCAGCCUGGAGCUGAUGGAGAAGAGCUACAACAAGGUCCUGAGGUCCGUGCUGGAGGUGGAAUAUCCUCUGGUGCAGGGGCAGCUGCAGGACAUCGACUUGAAGCUGAGAGAGGCAGAAGAAACGCUGACCUGGAAGACAGAGGGUGUCUGGGAUCACAUCUCCGGGGUGGUGGGUGAUGUCUGUGACCUGGAGCAGAGGGUGCAGAAGGCCAAGGACAACGUUGAGGAGAUCCAGAGCAUCGUGCACUCAUGGGGGUCGCCCAUCCUGGAGAGGAGGGAUUCCAAAAGGGAGGCAGUGCUGAGCCUGGAGGAGUGCCAGGAGCGCCUGGAACGGCGCUACAGCCUGGUCAGGGAGUGUGGGCAGAGGAUCCACGCCCUGGUGGAGGAAAACCAGAGCCUCCUACGUGCAGCCCCAGCCUCUGAUGCCUGGAAGGUGUAUUUGGAUUAUGUGGAUGAGAUAGUCCUGGAUGGAUUCAUCACUGCCAUUGAGUGCUCCCUGAAAUACCUCCUGGAGAACACAGAUCCCAAGGCAGGGCUUGCUCCCCUCUUUGAGGUGCAGCUGGAUUUGGUGAUCCCAGAUUUGGUGUUUCGCCCUCCCUUGGACCCUGGUGCCAACGAUGGCUUCUGUGACAUGGUGGAGAGUCUUCUCCAGGGCAUCUACCACAUCUCCUCGCUGGUGCCCCGGCUGGCUGCACACAGGGGCUUCUGCCACUACCAGGCUGCCCUGGAGGCCAUGCCCUCGCUGUGCCCGUGGCGCCAGGAGCUGCUGGCCCGUGCUCAGGCGGCGGCGGCCGCGUGCCGCGAGCACCGCGCGGGGCUGGAGCGGCGCUUCUCGCACCUCCUCGGGGAGGACAGGAGGGAGCUGGACAUCGAGGAGGGGCUCCCCGAGGCGCCAGCCACGCUGCAGCAGUUCAGGGAGCAGCUGGGCUCCUACGAGCAGCUCUACGAGGAGGUGGCUGGCAUGCAGCCCCUCUGCACCUUCCAGGGCUGGCUGAGGCUGGAUGCACGGCCAUUCAAGGUGGCCUUGCUCAAUGAGAUUAAAAGGUGGAGCUUGGUGUUCAAGCAGCACCUCCUGGACCAUGUCAUGCACAGCUUGGCUGACCUGGACGAGUUCAUCCAAACCGCCGAGAAAGGGUUGAGCAGAAAGGUGGAGAAAGGUGACUAUGGUGGCUUGGUGGAAGUCAUGGGUCACCUGCUGGCUGUGAAGGAACGUCACAGUGCCACUGAUGCCAUGUUUGAGCCCCUGAAGGAGACCAUUGAGCUGCUGAGGGCCUAUGAGCAGCAGCUGCCUGAGGAAGUGCACCAGCAGCUGGAGGAGCUGCCGGAGAAGUGGAGCCAGGUGAAGAAGCUGGCCCAGGCCGUGAAGCAGCAGGUGGCCCCUCUGCAGGCGGGCGAGGUGACAGCGCUGCGCCAGAGCUGCGCCGCCUUCGACGCCCAGCAGCAGCGGCUCCGGGAGCGCUUUGCCAGGGAGGCUCCCUUCAGGUUUGACACCGAAAAGCCUUAUCAACUGCUGGAUGCAAAGCACAUGGAGAUUAAAGAGAUGGAGUCAGCCAUGACCUCGAUUUAUGAAUCAGCUGGUCUGUUUGAAGUCAUGGUGCCAGAGUACAAACAGCUGAAGCAGUGCAGGAAGGAGCUGUGUCUGCUCAAAGAGCUCUGGGACAUGAUCUCCCUGGUGAACACCAGCCUUGAAGACUGGCAGACCACCAGAUGGGUGAACAUUAACGUGGAGAACAUGGAUCUGGAGUGCAAGAAGUUUGCAAGAGAGAUUCGGAAUUUGGACAAGGAAAUGAGGGCGUGGGAUGCUUUCAGUGGGCUGGACAGCAAGGUGAAGAACAUGCUGACAGCCCUCAAGGCUGUGGCUGAACUUCAAAAUCCUGCCAUCAGGGAGAGGCACUGGAACCAGCUGAUGCAGGUGACGGGCGUGAGGUUUGUGAUGGACUCGGACACCACCCUGGCUGACCUCCUCAAGCUCAACCUGCAUGAAUUUGAAGGGGAGGUCCAUGGCAUUGUGGACAAAGCGGUGCGAGAAAUGAGCAUGGAGAAGGUGCUGAAGGAGCUGAGGGUGACCUGGAGCUCCAGGGAGUUUCAGUACGAGCCUCACCCCCGCACCCACACCCCCUUGCUGAAGUCAGAUGAGGAGCUCGUUGAAACUCUAGAAGACAACCAGGUGCAGCUGCAGAAUUUAAUGUCAUCCAAGUACAUUGCCUUCUUCCUGGAGGAGGUGUCUGCCUGGCAGAGGAAGCUCUCCACUGCCGACUCUGUCAUCUCCCUCUGGUUCGAGGUGCAGCGCACCUGGUCUCACCUGGAGAGCAUUUUCAUAGGCUCAGAAGACAUCCGGGCACAGCUGCCCCAGGACUCCAAACGUUUUGAAGGCAUUGAUGUGGAUUUUAAAGAACUGGCCUAUGAAGUUCAGAAAACCCCAAAUGUGGUUGAAGCCACCAAUAAACCAGGUCUGUCCCAACAGCUGGAGGACAUCCAGAGUAGGUUGUCUCUUUGUGAGAAGGCUUUGGCUGAAUAUUUGGACAUGAAAAGGUUGGCUUUUCCCAGAUUUUACUUCAUUUCUUCUGCAGAUUUACUGGAUAUUCUUUCCAACGGCACCAACCCACAGCUGGUGCAGCGUCACCUUUCCAAACUCUUUGACAACUUGGCCAGGCUGAAAUUCCAGGUGGACUCUGAGCAGAAGACAACCAAGGUUGGCCUGGGAAUGUACAGCAGAGAGGAGGAAUAUGUCCAGUUCAGUGAACCCUGUGACUGCAGUGGGCAGGUGGAGGUGUGGCUGGCUCGCCUGCUGGACACCAUGAGGGCCACGGUGAGGGACGGGAUGGGCGCGGCUGUGGCGGCCUACGAGGACAAGCCCAGGGAGCAGUGGCUCUUUGACCACCCUGCCCAGGUGGCUCUCUGCUGCACCCAGAUCUGGUGGACAGCUGAGGUGGGCAUGGCCUUCUCCAGGAUGAAGGAAGGCUACGAGAAGGCCAUGAAGGAGUACCACAAGAAGCAGGUGGCCCAGCUGAACACGCUGGUGACCAUGCUGCUGGGGCAGCUCUCCAGGGGCGACAGGCAGAAGAUCAUGACCAUCUGCACCAUCGACGUGCACGCGCGGGACGUGGUGGCCAAGAUGAUAGCACAGAAGGUGGACAAUGGCCAGGCCUUCGUGUGGCUGGCGCAGCUGCGGCACCGCUGGUCGGACGAGGAGCGGCACUGCUGGGCCAACAUCUGUGAUGCUCAGUUCCUCUACUGCUACGAGUACCUGGGCAACACCCCCCGGCUGGUCAUCACCCCCCUGACUGACAGGUGUUACAUCACCCUGACCCAGUCCCUGCACCUGACCAUGAGUGGGGCUCCUGCAGGCCCUGCUGGCACUGGCAAGACAGAGACCACCAAGGACCUGGGCCGAGCCCUGGGCAUCAUGGUCUACGUGUUCAACUGCUCCGAGCAGAUGGACUACAAGGUGAAGAGCGUGCAGGAUGCCAUCCGGGAGAAGAAGAAAUCCUUCAAUUUUCUUGGAGAAGACAUUAACUUAGUCCCCUCAGUUGGGAUUUUCAUCACCAUGAACCCUGGUUAUGCAGGACGAACCGAGCUGCCUGAGAAUUUAAAAGCUCUCUUCAGGCCCUGUGCCAUGGUUGUGCCAGACUUUGAGCUGAUCUGUGAGAUUAUGUUGGUGGCUGAGGGCUUCCUUCAGGCCCGGGCCUUGGCCAGGAAGUUCAUCACACUCUACCAACUCUGCAAGGAGCUCCUGUCCAAGCAGGACCACUAUGACUGGGGUCUGCGGGCCAUCAAGUCGGUGCUGGUGGUGGCCGGCUCCCUGAAGCGCGCGGAGCCCGAGCGGCCCGAGGAGCAGGUCCUGAUGCGCUCCCUCCGCGACUUCAACAUCCCCAAGAUCGUGACAGACGACGUGCCAGUGUUCAUGGGGCUCAUUGGGGACCUGUUCCCUGCCCUGGACGUGCCUCGGAAGCGCGACCUGGAUUUCGAGGCCGUGGUGAAGGAGGCUGUGCUGGAGCUGCGGCUGCAGCCUGAGGACAACUUUGUGCUCAAAGUGGUGCAGCUGGAGGAGCUGCUCAGUGUCCGGCACUCCGUGUUCGUGGUGGGGGCUGCAGGCACGGGCAAGUCUCAGGUGCUGAGGUCCCUGCACAAAACCUACCAGAGGAUGAAGCGCCGGCCUGUGUGGACAGACCUCAACCCCAAAGCAGUCACCAACGACGAGCUCUUCGGUGUCAUUAACCCAGCAACAAGAGAGUGGAGAGAUGGACUGUUUUCAUCAAUCAUGAGAGAGCUGGCCAACAUCUCACAUGAUGGUCCCAAGUGGAUGGUACUAGAUGGAGAUAUUGAUCCAAUGUGGAUUGAAUCUCUGAACACUGUGAUGGAUGAUAAUAAGGUGCUGACCCUGGCCAGCAACGAGAGGAUCCCUCUGAACCCCACGAUGAGGCUGCUGUUUGAGAUCAGCCACCUGCGCACGGCCACCCCGGCCACCGUGUCCCGGGCAGGCAUCCUGUACAUCAACCCCUCAGACCUGGGCUGGAAUGCCCCCGUGAGCAGCUGGAUUGACCGGCGGGAGGUGCAGUCGGAGAGGGCCAACCUGACCAUUCUGUUUGACAAGUACCUGCCUGUUUGCCUGGACACCCUGAGAGCCAGAUUUAAGAAGAUUAUUCCAAUUCCUGAGCAAAGCAUGGUUCAGAUGCUGUGUUACCUCCUGGAAUGCCUCCUGACAGAGGACAACACACCUCCUGACUGUCCCAAGGAGCUUUAUGAACUUUACUUUGUCUUUGCUGCUGUCUGGGCCUUUGGUGGCUCCAUGUUCCAGGACCAGCUGGUGGACUACAGAGUGGAGUUCAGCAAGUGGUGGGUGGCAGAAUUCAAGACAAUCAAGUUCCCUUCUCACGGCACAGUCUUUGACUUCUACGUUGACCCAGAAACAAAGAAGUUUGAGCCUUGGUCUAAACUUAUUCCCCAGUUUGAAUUUGAUCCAGAGGUGCCACUGCAGGCCUGCCUGGUGCCCACGGCUGAGACGGUUCGGGUGCGGUUCCUGGUGGCCAGGCUGCUGCAGCGCCGGCGCCCCGUGCUGCUGGUGGGCACUGCUGGCACGGGCAAGUCUGUGCUGCUGGGGGACACGCUCUGCUCGCUGGACACCGACACCUUCCUGGUCAAGAAGGUCCCCUUUAACUACUACACCACCUCUGCCAUGCUGCAAGGUGUGCUGGAGAAGCCUCUGGAGAAAAAGGCUGGCAGGAAUUACGGCCCCCCAGGCACCAAGAGGCUGGUGUACUUCAUGGAUGACCUGAACAUGCCCCAGGUGGACGCCUACGGCACCGUGCAGCCCCACACCCUGCUCAGGCAGCACCUGGACUAUGGCCACUGGUACGACAGGAGCAGGCUGUCCCUGAAGGAGAUCAGCAACGUGCAGUACGUGUCCUGCAUGAACCCCACUGCAGGGAGCUUCACCAUCAACCCCCGGCUCCAGCGUCACUUCUGUGUCUUCGCUCUCUCCAACCCUGACCAGGACUCCUUAUCCAGGAUCUACAGCACCAUCUUGGUGCAGCACCUGGCCAGUGGGAACUUCUCAGAGGCUGUGCAAAAAUCAGCCCAGCAGCUCAUUGCCCUGGCCCUGGGGCUGCACCGGAAGGUGGCUGCCACUUUCCUGCCAACAGCUGUCAAGUUCCACUACGUCUUCAACCUCAGAGACUUCUCCAAUAUCUUCCAAGGCCUGCUGUUCUCUACCCCUGAAUGCCUGAAGCAGCCCCAAGACCUGGUGAAGCUCUACCUGCACGAGUCCAACCGGGUGUACCGGGACAGGAUGGUUGAGGAAGUGGAUUGGGACACUUUUGAUAAAAUCCAGCAGGAGAUGGUGAAGAAAUGUUACGACGACAUUGAGGGCACUUUGGAGCAGGCCAAACACAUGAAUAUUUACUGCCAUUUUGCCAAAGGCCUUGGAGAACCUGGAUACAGGCCAGUUGCAAGCUGGGAGGAGCUGAACCAGAUCCUCGUGGAAGCCUUGGACAGCUACAAUGAAGUCAAUGCUGCCAUGGACCUGGUACUGUUUGAGGAUGCCAUGAGCCACGUCUGCCGCAUCAGCCGCAUCCUGGAGGCGCCUCGGGGGAACGCGCUCCUGGUCGGCGUGGGAGGCACGGGCAAGCAGAGCCUGACCCGCCUGGCUGCCUUCCUCAGCACCCUGGAGGUCUUCCAGAUCACCCUGAGGAAAGGCUACGGCGUCCCUGACCUCAAGGCAGACCUGGCAAACCUGUACCUGAAGGCCGGGCUGAAGAGCGUGGGCUCUGUGUUCCUGCUGAGCGACGCGCAGGUGGCGGACGAGCAGUUCCUGGUGCUGGUCAACGACUUCCUGGCAUCAGGGGAAAUCCCAGAUCUCUUCCCUGAUGAUGAAGUGGAAAACAUCAUCAGCAGUGUGAGGAAUGAAGUCAGGGGCCGGGGGCUGGUGGAUUCCAGGGAGAAUUGCUGGAGGUUUUUCAUCGAGCGCGUCCGACGGCAGCUGAAGGUGGCUCUGUGCCUGUCCCCCGUGGGCCCCAAGCUGCGCCUCCGCAGCCGCCGCUUCCCGGCGCUGGCCAGCUGCACCACCAUGGACUGCUUCCAGCCCUGGCCCCGCCAGGCCCUGGAGUCCGUCAGCCUCCGCUUCCUGCGGGACAUGGACACCCUGCAGGAUUCAGUCAAGGAUUCCAUAAGCAAAUUCAUGGCCCACGUCCACAUCAGUGUCAACGAGGUGUCCCGGCUGUACCUCAGCAACGAGCGCCGCUACAACUACACCACCCCCAAGUCCUUCCUGGAGCAAAUCAAACUCUACCAGAGCCUGCUGCUGAGCAAGGACAAGGAGCUAAAGGUGAGAAUGGAGCGCCUGGAGAACGGCCUGGAGAAGCUCAAGAGCACCUCUGCACAGGUGGAUGAGCUGAAGGCCAAGCUGGCAGCCCAGGAGGUGGAGCUGAAGCAGAAGAACGAGGAUGCUGACAAGCUGAUCCAGGUGGUGGGGGUGGAGACGGAGAAGGUGAGCAGGAAGAAGGCGGUGGCCGACGAGGAGGAGCGGAAGGUGGCCCUCAUCGCCCAGGAGGUGGAGCAGAAGCAGAAGGACUGUGAGGAGGACCUGGCCAAGGCUGAGCCUGCCCUGGCUGCUGCCCAGGCUGCUCUCAACACCCUCAACAAGACCAAUCUGACGGAGCUGAGGUCCUUUGGGUCACCUCCUUCUGCUGUCAGCAAUGUCACAGCAGCCGUGAUGGUGCUGACGGCCCCGGGAGGGAAGAUCCCUAAGGACAGGAGCUGGAAAGCCGCCAGAGUGGCCAUGGCAAGGGUAGACAGCUUCCUGGACUCCUUGAUCAAGUUCAACAAGGAGAACAUCCACGAGAACUGCCUCAAAGCCCUGCAGCCCUAUCUGCAAGACCCCAAGUUCAACCCCGAGUUCGUGGCCACCAAGUCGGCGGCGGCGGCCGGGCUGUGCUCGUGGGUGCUGAACAUCGAGCGCUUCCACCGCGUGUUCUGCGAGGUGCAGCCCAAGAGGCAGGCUCUGGACAGGGCCAACGCUGAGCUGGCAGCAGCCCAGGACAAGCUGGCCACUGUCAAGGCCAAAAUUGCUCGCCUCAACGAGAACCUGGGCAAGCUCACAGCCCGCUUUGAGAAGGCCACGUCAGACAAACUCAGGUGCCAGCAGGAAGCUGAAGCCACAGCCUGCACCAUCACCCUUGCCAACCGCCUGGUUGGGGGACUGGCCUCUGAAAACGUGAGAUGGGCUGAGGCCGUGAAGGACUUCAAACAGCAGCAGAGCACCUUGUGUGGAGAUGUCCUGCUGGUCACAGCCUUUGUCUCCUACCUGGGCUACUUCACCAGGAAAUACCGCCAGGAGCUCCUGGAUGGCAUCUGGAGGCCCUAUUUGCACCAGCUAAAAGUGGCAGUGCCGGUGACGCCGCGGCUGGAGCCGCUGGCCGUGCUGGCGGACGAGGCGGCCGUGGCGGCGUGGCGGAACCAGGGCCUGCCGGCCGACCGCACGUCCUGCGAGAACGCCGCCAUCCUCAGCAGCUGCCAGCGCUGGCCCCUCCUGGUGGACCCCCAGCUGCAGGGCAGCAAGUGGAUCAAGAACACCCACGGGGACAGGCUCCGCGUGAUCCGAGCCGGGCAGAAAGGGUAA